AUGUGUUUAGCAGCUCUUGGCGGGCGGAAGUGAGCGGGGUCUGUGCCUGGUGGAGAUAAACAGCCCAGAUAAGAGGACUGGUUUGAAGUUAAACGUCGAGGAAAAUGUCUCGUUUGAUAGGAAAGAAGCCGGUGGACUCUUUGCGGGGCUUCAGGGCGCCGAUAAGCGAGCCAACGGUCCCGUAUGGCGUCCUCAAGGCGGCUCGCAGCAGCGGACAACUCAACCUGUCAGGUCGAGGGCUGACAGAAGUGCCUACGAACGUGUUUCGUCUCAACGUGGACACGCCGGAGGAAGCCAAGCAGAACGUCUCCUUUGGCGCCUCGGAGCGCUGGUGGGAGCAGACGGACCUCACCAAGCUGCUGCUGUCCUCCAACCAGCUGACCAGCUUGUCGGAAGACAUCGGACUGCUCCCCGCGCUCACCACGCUGGACCUGCAUGACAACCGGCUGCAGACGUUGCCGAGCGCUUUGGGACAGCUGCAGGAGCUGCAGCAGCUGCAACUCAGUCACAACCAGCUGACGUCGCUGCCGCUGGAGGUCUUCUCUCUGAAGAGCCUCAGAAGCCUCACGCUCCAGCAGAACCAGCUGGAGGUCCUGCCGGAGGAGCUGGGACAGCUGGAGGCGCUGACCGAGCUGGAUGUGUCUAAUAACCAGCUGGAGGAGCUCCCCUCCAGCCUGGGUCGUCUGUGCUGCCUGCAGAAGCUCAACCUGAGUCGCAACAAGCUGGCCUGUCUGCCCCACAGCCUGGCACGGCUCACCAAUGUGAAGCUCCUGGACUGCAGCAACAACAUGCUGAGUGACAUUCCUCCCAGCCUGUCCCAGAUGCUGGCUCUGGAGCAGCUCUACCUGCGACACAACAAGCUCCACUUCCUCCCACAGCUUCCCGCUCCCGCGCUCCAGGAGCUGUAUCUUGGCAACAACCAGAUAGAGAUGCUGGAGGCGGAGCAUCUGGCCAGCUUGUGCGUCAUCUCUCUGCUGGAGCUGCGAGACAACAAGAUCACGGUGCUGCCCGAGCAGAUGUCCACGUUGACCACGCUCACACGCCUCGACCUCACCAACAACAACAUCGGCAUCCUUCCCGCAUCGCUCAGCCUGCUGCCCAACCUGAGUACUCUGUUGCUGGAGGGGAACCCUCUGCGUGGGAUCAGGAGGGAGGUGCUUACUAAAGGAACCAAUGAGCUUCUGAAAUUUCUGAGAGGAAGAGUCAAAGAGGAGCCUGACAGUGCCGGAGACAAGCAGACGGCCAUGACGCUGCCCAGCCAGGCCGCCAUCAACCUCCAUAACAUCAAAACUCUCAAGACGCUGGUGUACAGGGACAAUAAGGCCGACCGCGUCCCGGACGAGCUGUUCGAGGCCGCCAAAGGUCACGGCGUCACGUCCGUCGACUUCGGCAAGAACCAGCUGACCGCCGUGCCGCACAGGCUGGCGGAGCUGCGGGGGACCCUGGCGGACCUCAAUCUGUCGUUCAAUCGACUCACCUGCUGCGAUCACGUCCCCGGGCUGCAGCAGCUGGCGCACCUUGACCUCAGUAACAACCUGCUGAGCGACUUGCCAGCCGAGCUGAAGAACGUGGCCAAGCUGCACUCCGUCGUCCUCAGCUUCAACAAGUUCAAGUCCUUCCCGGAGGUCCUGUAUCACAUGGUCUCCCUGGAAACGGUCCUGCUGGCCAACAACCAGGUGGGAGGCGUGGAUCCCUCCCGCCUGGUGCAGCUGGUCCGCCUGUCCACGCUGGACUUGUCCAACAACGACCUGCUCAACGUCCCGCCUGAGCUGGGCCUGUGCACGGGGCUGAGGUGUCUCAGUCUGGGGGGAAAUCCUUUCAGGACGCCACGAGCCGCCAUCGUUGCGAAAGGAACCGACUCCGUGCUGGAGUACCUGCGGAGCCGCAUUCCCACAUGACCCCUCAGACUCUGAGAGCCAUGCCAAAUACUUCAAUGUUUACAAUCAUUUGUGAGUAAUUAAAGAUACAUUUUUGACACUU